AAGCUGAAUUCUAAUAUUCUCUAAACAUGGCUUUGAGGUGGUUUCUGCAUUCAGCAUGUCAUGUUCUGGGGUACCUACAUGAGUCUGAUGACAUGCAGUACUGCAAGAACAUGGCAAGUGAACAAAGUGGAGGAGUGACUCAGAGCUCAAAGGUGUCCUCCAACGGUGAGCUGACGGUGGUUAAAGCGAAAAUGCAUCCGGGUUCGGGGUUUCAGAUGCCGCUGCACUAUCCUCGUUACGCUAAAGCGGAUUACGAGAAAAUGGAGGAGUGGAAAGUGGACAUGCUUCUCAGAGAAUAUGGACUAAGUUUGGAGGGCAACCUCAGCCUUGAUGAGAAGAGAGCAUAUGCAAUGGGCACAUUCUUGUGGCCUCAUCAGUAUUGAUCCAUCUUCUAAUCAUCAUCGUGCCUUAAUCAAGCUGCUAGCUAAUAUCAUAUGCAUACAGUUAAUAUAUAAUUAAAUAUAGUACAUGUAUAUGGUGUGCGGUACUUUGUAGUAAGAUGGUUGGAAUCUAGUUUUGUUUAAUGGAGUCCCUAAUAAGGUUUCUCGAGUUC